CAGAUAUAGUGAAUACAGGGUCCGGGGAGAGCGGAUAUAGUGAAUGCAGGGUCUGGGGAGACCAGAUAUAGUGAAUGCAGGGUCAGGGGAGAGCAGAUAUAGUGAAUGCAGGGUCUGGGGAGUGAUAUAGUGAAUGCAGGGUCCGGGGAGAGCAGAUAUAGUGAAUGCAGGGGUCUGGGGAGACCAGAUACAGUGAAUGCAGGGUCCGGGGAGACCAGAUAUAGUGAAUGCAGGGUCCGGGGAGACCAGAUAUAGUGAAUGCAGGGUCCGGGGAGACCAGAUAUAGUGAAUGCAGGGUACGGGGAGACCAGAUAUAGUGAAUGCAGGGUCCGGGGGGA